UUCUUUCAUUCAGAAGGAAAUUACAGAAACUCAGCCAAAAAACCCUAGCACUGUAAGCCUACACCACCGCCGCAAGGAGUGGCAUACUGCCGCCGUCGGUCGCACUCAAAGUUCGCCGUCCGUCCAUCUAUCUAUCUUCCCUCGUGCUCCAAGUCUUCAACCCUGUUCGCUGUCACCGAUCGCAGCUGCUUCCUCGAGCUCGGCGUCCGUCGUCUUUGUCUGCUCAGCCGCGCUUCCGCCGCCGUUUGUUUGCCGUCGUCUUCGUUCGCGUUCUUCGGCGUUCACCGUUCGCGUUCACUCGCCGUUCACCGUUCGAGUUCGCAUUCGCGUUCGUCUGGAAGCCACGUUGCUCUGCUUCAAAAUCUGCGACCAACCCGCGCGUUCCACCUAGCCGUAGAACUGCUCUCUUUUGUUGCCCUCUUGAGAGAAGAAAAUGGGAAGGAGGAUACUGAAUGAUGCUUUGAGGAGUAUGGUGAAUGCAGAGAGGAGAGGGAAAGCUUCUGUGGAGCUCAAGCCGAUCUCCACUGUCAUCUCUUCCUUUCUCCAAAUCAUGAAAACUCGAGGCUAUAUCAAGAACUUCGAAGUUUAUGAUCCGCAUAGAGUGGGCAGGAUAACAGUUGAAUUGCAAGGUAGGAUUAAUGAUUGCAAGGCACUUACAUAUCGACAAGACAUCAAGGCAAAGGAUAUUGAGGCCUACAGAAUUCGCACUCUCCCAACGCAUCAGUGGGGUUAUGUUGUGAUUACGACUCCUGAUGGUGUUUUGGAUCAUGAAGAGGCCAUUAGAAGGAAUGUGGGUGGACAGGUUCUUGGUUAUUUUCACUAGAAGUGGUUACCAUCUCAUUUUGGCCUACUAUUGGAGGAAUUGAAAUGAAUUGGAUGGCUGAAUGUUGUAUUCAACAUGAGGUUUUAUUGUCCUUUCUGUGAUGGAUUUAAUGCCCUGUGGAAAAUGAUUCCUUUUUGUUUUCAUUUAAUUUUAUGUUAAUAAUAAACUAGAAAAGUAUUCCCGUUGUUUUUUAA